GCCAACGUCGACGUGCGCUGCGCCGCCGUCGCCUCGCGGCUGCCCCACCGCCGCUCCGAGCCAGCACGACGCGACAGGAUUAGGCACGCGACGCUGAAGCACCGCACUCGGCACGCCGGCUUCCCGAAGGUCGACGACGAGGUCGAGACGCCGAAGCAGAAGCGCGGCAUGAAGGACAAGCCCGACGACGCGUCGGCGAGCGGCUACAUGAGCCCGACGAACAUGGGCUUCAUCUGCGCGGCGCUGUUCUUCAACACCAUGUCGGCGCCCAUGGUGAAGCUGACGCAGAACGCCGAGGGCGGGUACGACUACAACAAGUGGUGCGUCUACUUCUUCAGCGAGUUCAUCAAGCUCGGCGCCGCCGUCGCCUGGUGCGUCCGGGGCUACGCGAACAACGACGCGCAGCUCAUCCGGCACCUCGAGUUCGACUGGAAGGACUUUGGCCAGUACGCGGUGCCGGGCUUCGUCUUCUUCGCGCAGAACAACCUGGGCUUCCUCGCGCUCCAGCACAUGAACUCGUCGGCGUUCCAGCUGCUCAUGAACACGCGCAUCGUGAGCGUCGCGGUCAUGUCCGUCGUCGUCCUGAAGAAGCCCAUGCACGCGCUCGAGUGGUGCUCGAUCGUGCUCCUCAUGGUCGGCGCCAUGCAGUACCAGCUGAGCGGCUGCGACGACUCGGGCUACCGCAUCGACGUCGAGGGGCUGUCCGUCAUGGCCGUCAUCGUCUUCUGCGCGGCCGCGGGCAACGUCUACACGCAGAGGGUCAUGCAGCGGAAGAUGGACCAGCCGCUCAUGGUCCAGAACGCCAUGCUCUACGUCUGGGGCGUGCUCUUCAACGGCGUCAACUGGUUCGCGUCCGUCGUGCCGCGCCCGGAGCACCACGGCCCGCCCGUGCCGCUCUUCGGCGCGAUCGGCGCCGUGGAGGUGCUCUCCAUGGUCUUCUACGCCGUCUACGGCCUGUCCAUCUCCAUCAUCCUCAAGCGCUUCGGCGCCAUCACGCGCACCUUCAUCAACACCGUCGCCAUCUGCUGCACGGCCAUGAUCGACGUCGCCUUCUUCGGCGCGACGGUCACGGUCAUGGAGCUGACGACCUUCGCCAUCAUCUUCAUCGCCGUCUUUUGCCACUCGGCGCUCUCGAAGAACUACGUCCCGCCCGGCCAGAAGGACGACCUGAACCCCUAGCCCGCCGCGCGUCCGCGUCUCGUUUUGUAACUUUUUUAAGCUUCC